UUCAGAUUGUUGCGAAAGGGAUACGACUUCCAGAUCACCAAAUGCCAGGGGAACCGGAUCCAUUUCGACUGCCCAGGGAAAAAAAUAUGCUGCGAUUAAUUGACUCGGGUAGUAAUAUGUCUACUGAUCAAAUCAUUACAAGGAUCAUCGAUCACAGGAAUGAUUAUGAAAAUAGAAAUCGAAGAAAGGAGUGUCGCGAGGCUGAUAUUUAUGAGAAAAUUAAGAGUUUUAAUUUAGAUACUCUUCAAGUAAUUAGUAUCUGAUCUACGCAAUGCAUUAACUAUAGAUGAUAUUAUAUCUUCAUUUUCUGACGGUAUUUCAGUAAAAAAUUAUUGCUACCGAUAUCUAUAAAACUGGAUUCUGAAACUUAAGGAAAGCUUGAUCCUUCAUUUUGGCAUGAUUUGAAAUAAAUUCAAGGCCAUAUGAUAAUUCCUGGAAGUUUCAGAAUUCAUUGGGAAUGGUUCCCGUUUCACUUGAUUUCAUUAGAGAAGUUUACAG